UUCCAAAAUAUAAAUAGAUGUGCAGCAGAGAAAUGUGGGUAGUGUUUUUGGAAGACCUCAACAGAGGCAUACAUUCACUGGUGUUUAACAGUUAUCGCCUUUAAACGCGACGCAAGGGGUUCAAGCGAUGAGAUCCCUAAAAUUAUUGCUUUUAGGCGCCAGCUGCGCGCUUAUCGUAAGCCUAACAUUUGCGCACCCGCCCGAGGGUGUGUGGAAGAAGAAGCUCACAUGGAAGGAGGACUGGGUGCAGGUCUGGAAAACGAUAAAGAAGGAGGCGUGGGAAACGAAAUGGAAGAAAAUACAAGUACCCAUCUGGAAGGAGGUGCAGGUGCCCAUUUGGAAGGAGGUACAAGUGCCCGAUUGGAAGAUCGUCAAGAAGCCACACAUUGAGGAGCGUGAAGUGCCCGCCUGGAAGGAGGAAAAAGUGCCGGAGUGGAAGAAAAUCACCAAACCCAUCUGGAAAGAAAUACAAGUACCCAUUUGGCGUGAGAUCCAAGUGCCUGUGUGGAAAGAAAUCAAGGUACCGGUGUGGCGUGAAAUAAAAGUGCCCGUCUGGAAGGAGAUACAAGUGCCCAUCUGGCGUGACAUACAGGUGCCGGUGUGGCGCGAAGUGCAAGUGCCCGACUGGAAGCAAAUGUUCGUGCCCGAAUGGGUGAAGAUGGGCGUACCCGGCGAGAAGUACUUGGGCAAAGAUCACGAAGGUUGGGAGUACACCAGUCACGAUUUGUGGCGCAAGAAGCUCAUCUGGAAGCCCGUAUGGAAGAAGGUGUGGCGCACCGAGAAGAAGCAGGAAUGGAAAACCGAGAAGAAACAAGAAUGGAAAACCGAAAAGGUGCAAGAGUGGAAGAUCGAAAAGAAGCAAGAAUGGGAAACUAAGAAGGUGCAAGAAUGGAAGACAGAGAAACAGCAAGCCUGGAAACCGGAGAAGAAGUUGGAAUGGAAAAUCGAAUGGGUGCAAAUCUGGAAGCCAGUGAAGAAACAGAUCUGGGUUAAGGAGAAGCGCGAAACAUGGGUGGAGGAGAAAGUGCAAAUCUGGCGUACGGAGAAGAAGCAAGCGUGGGCUACCGAAAAGAAGCAGGCGUGGAAAGACGAAUGGAAAGCCAUUCAAGUGCCCGUAUGGAAGGAGGUUAAAGUGCAGGAAUGGAAGCGCGUCUGGAAACCCGUAUGGGAGAAAGUGUGGGUGCCUGCCAGCCAUGGUUGGGACUAAGCGCGUUACAACGAGACCUGAGCACUAGAACCCCCCCUAAUUGUUAUUAAGCGUAUACGUAAGCAUUAAGACACUCAACUCUCAAACAAAGAAAGCGUGUAAAUGUAGGCGUGGCGCGUACAUAUACACCCUGACUGACUAGAUGAUUGUUAAGCAAAUGUACGAUUCAGCUGCUCGAAGCUCUCCGGCGUUGUGUGUGCGACUUCUCCUUACUGUUCUCUUUGUAUUUGUAAAUAUUGCACAUUCUUCUGCUAUCCGGGAAUGCCUCAGCUGAGGUCUUUCACAUAUUUUUAUAUAUGUAGAGACGUCUUCAGCUGCUAAACACCUUUAUUUUUGCACCACUUUGUUUUGUUUGAGUUCUUUGUUUCGAAUUUAUAUUUUAUUUUUCUUCUUCUGCUCUCCAUUAUUAUAAUUUCCAACGUGUACAAAUUAGUCAUGAUGCUAUACAUCACUUUAUUACCGCUAUUUUAUAUACAUACGUACGUAUUUACAUACAUCAAUUUUUUGUUUUUGUAUUUUCUGUUAUUUUUAAUUUAAUUUUUGAAAUUUAGCGAUUCUUUCACACGAUUUUUGUGUUACGCUCCCAUUAAGACCAUUCACAAUUCUUUAGUUUUUCAUCAUUCAGUGGUCUUAUUGUGUGUAACUGUUAUAAUUUAAAUGUUAUAAUUUUUGUUUUUAGGUUUUAGAAAAAAAUUUAAAUCGAAAAAUUAAUUUUUAUAUAACGAUUGUACAUAGCUAUAAAAAAUAUGUGUAACAUGUGUACAUAAAUUAAGUAAAAUAAAAAUAAAUUACAAAUAAUUUUUGUAAAA